AAAAACGAAAUCAUCUGCGUCCCGUCGCGAAUCGCACCAUCAUCACCAUCGAGCCGCGAAGCGACAGCCCUGAAAACCCUUCGCCUCUCUCCGCCCCCGAUAAUCUCGUAUGCCCCCGGAGCUCCGGCUCCAUUGACGGAGCCCCGCCUCGGUUCACCGGCGCCGCCGAGCAGAUCGACCGAUCCCCUCCCUCCCUCCCUCCCUCCCUCCGAUUCGCAGCCCCCCGCUCUCCAGUCGAUCUCCAGAUCUCGAGCUGAAAGGAUGUCGAAGCCGUGGGGCAACAUCGGCGCCUGGGCCGCCGAGGCCGAGCAGGCCGAGGCCGAGGAGGCCGCCGCCGCCGCCGCCGCAGCCGCCCCGCAGAACUUCCCCAGUCUCAGGGAGGCCGUCAGCGCCAAGCCCAAGAAGAAGAAGAUGUCGCUGACGGAGUUCUAUGUCGCCGCCUCCGCGGGCGGCGGCCGGGGAGGCGGUUCCAAGGGCCUGACCCCGGACGAAAUGAUGCGCCUGCCCACGGGCCCGAAGGAGCGGUCCGCGGAGGAGAUGCAGUACGGCCGGCUCGGGGGCGGGUUCUCCUCCUACGGGAGGUCCGGCCCGAUGCCGAACCGGGGCCGCGAGGAUGGGGAUACUUCCUGGGGCGGCGGAGGCAGUGGUGGGGGUCGGAGAUCCUACGGGGGCUUCGAGGAUGAUCGCCAUGGUCCUCCGUCGUCUAGGGUUUCGGAAUUCGACCAGCCAUCUCGUGCUGAUGAGGUUGAUAAUUGGGCAAUGGGGAAGAAGCCUCUGCCUUCACUUGAUUCCUCAAGGCAGACCAGGUAUGAUUCUCUUGGAGGUGGCUCUAGGGCUGAUGACGUUGAUAAUUGGGCAGUGGGGAAGAAGCCGCAACCUCCACCUCCUUCAAGGUCCUUCGGCUCGGGGUUCCGUGAUGCUGGGAUGGAGCCUGACCGCUGGAACAGAGGUGGAGGAGGGGGAUUUAACACAGAGCGCCCCAAAUUGGUGUUGGCUCCGCCUAAGGGUGAUUCAGUGGGAAAUGAAGUGGUGAAAUCUACUAGGGCGAGUCCAUUUGGAGCAGCCCGGCCACGAGAGGAUGUCUUGGCUGAGAAGGGUUUAGAUUACAGGAAGCUGGAAUCAGAAAUUGAGACCAAGAAGACGAGCAGACCCACAAGUGCACAGUCAAGCAGGCCAUCCAGUGCGCAGUCAAGCCGGUCUGAGAGUCAAGGGCUGCAGGGUAUUGAGAAUGUGGCCAGGCCAAGGCCAAAAGUUAAUCCAUUUGGAGAUGCCAAGCCUAGGGAAGUGUUGCUACAGGAGAAAGGGAUGGACUGGCGCAAAAUUGAUUUUGAGUUGGAGCAUCGCCGCGUUGAUAGGCCUCAGACAGAGCAGGAAAAGAUGCUGAAGGAGGAGAUAGAGAACUUGAAGAAAGAAAUGGAGAAGGAACUUGCUCUUAAAGCAAACAAUGAACAUUCCCAAGGAUCUGAAGCAGACCAACCCAGUUUGAGUGAUGCAAUAUCUCUGAAGGAAAGGGAACUGGAAGCUUUGACCCGUGAUUUGGAUGAUAAAGUUCGAUUUGGGCAAAAAUCUGUUGACAGGCCUGGUUCUGGGUAUGGUAGGUCCGGUAGCUUUUCUGAUAGGCCACCUUCACGGUCUGGGUCAAUUGAUGAGUCUCGUAGUAUGGAUUACAACGAUCGUCCUUCAUCCCGUGGCAUGGGAGAUGCAUGGUCCAGGUCUGGGAACGACAGAAGACCAUUUCAAGGUGGCAGGGAUAGCGGAUUUUUGGCCAGUAGAGAUUCCAACAGGUCAAGGUCGAGGGAGAGAUGGUGAACAGCUGGACUUCCUGGGGUUCUCGACUUUUGACAGCUUGAAGCAGAUACUGUUUUGCUUCUUUGUUUUUUUCGCAUUGAUAUCUGUCUUUUUAUAACUUUCGUCUGGUUAGAACAGGAAUUGUUUAAUGCUGCGGGGGGACAGAUGCAUUUUUUGGAUUCUAAUUCUCAUUUUUGCCUGUGUUGAGGACACUGCAAGUCUGUGGAAGUCUAUUAUGUGACCAAUUUUUAUACAGUAGUCUGAUUGUAGCUUGCCGAUGGAUUGGCAAUUUAUAUUUGAUGAUCCUUUCAUCGCGAAA